AUGACGUAAACGUCGUAGUACAAACCCUUUAUAUUUAUAUUUCCUUUACGAAACCAAUAGCAGUAACAUCCUAUUUGAUUUUAUGUGAAUGUUUAAGUUUUGUGGUCAGAAUGGACGUUGAUCAGUCAAGAUUUCCGAUGUCCCCAGAAAAUAAAAGACUUCAUAUCGAAUGGCACAAAGAGGUUCAGAGGUUGCGACAUUUGGAGCUUACAAAAUUGUUAUACACAGAUGUGUUGAUUUACGACAGAGAAGGACGUCUGGAUGAUGUAAUCAAUAUAGAACUGUUAUCCAGUGCGAUUGAAUCAGACUUUGUGGAAGGUUUUGAAUUUCUACUGCAUCGUGGAUUGUCUUUUGAAAUCACCAAAUGUGGGUUUUGGUGUGCGUUGUUUGAAGCUGUUCGAAAAGAGAAAAUAGAAAUACUUAAAUAUUUGGCAUCAUUUCCAUUUCUUUGUGUCUUGAAUUCAACAUUUGACGAAACUAUUCUCAUGGUGGCGUGUAAAAAGAAAAACUUGGAAGUCUUUUCUAUUUUGUUGAAACACCAAAAUGUCAAGGACGUUAUUAAUUACAUUUCGCUCGGCGAGGGUCUUUCAGCUUUACAUCUAUGUAUAGAUAGGGCAAACUGUGAGACCAAGUGCUUACUGUUUGUAAUGAUGUUAGUAGAAGCAGGGGCUGAUGUAAAUAUUUUAUCCAAUGAAUGCACAACUCCUUUAUUUACUGCGGCACGUAGAGGAUUUAUGUCUGUAUUGGCAUAUUUGAUGGACCACGGAGCUUGUGUUUCUGUAGUGGAUUUGAAUCUGUAUACUGUUCUUCAUCACAUUAUUACCAAACCAAACACCACCUUGUUUGUACAGAAAUUAAUAAAAGCUGGACUAGAAAUCAAUUUACAAAAUAAACACGGUGAAACUCCAUUAUAUCUAGCUACCAAGUACAGAAAUGGGUGUGCUGUGAAAAUAAUGUUAAAUACAAAUGGCUGUGAUGUGAAUUUAUCUGACAAGGAAGGGAUCACACCACUUCUUUUGGCAGUAGAGCAAAGUGAUAUCGAAAUCUUCAAACUUCUACACCAUCAUGGCGCUACUCUCAAUAAGAAAAAUGGCUGCGAAAAGUCACCACUACACCUAGCAAUACAAAACGGCAAUACGAAUAUUGUUGAUUUUCUGUUGUAUAAUCAUGGCUGUGAUGUAAAUUUGCCAGACAAGGAGGGUGUCACACCGUUGUUGCUGGCAGUAGAACAAAAUGAGAUCGAAAUCGUCACACUUCUACAAACACAUGGCACUGAUGUCAAUAAGCAAAAUAGCCGAGGAAUGUCACCGCUACACCUGGCAAUACAAAAUGGCAAUGCAAAUAUUGUUGAUAUUCUAUUAAAUGAUCAUGGCUGUGAUGUAAAUUUGUCAGAUGAAAAUGGUAUCACACCAUUGAUGUUUGCUGUAGACAUCCGAAACACAGAACUCAUCAAACGUCUGCUUGAACAUGGAGUUGACGUCAAUAAACAAGAUAACGGCGGUAGAUCAGCCAUUUCUUACUGCUUCCAUAACCAUGGUCUUUCCCACCGUUCUUUCUUCUGGGAUAAUUGGGAAACCAUCGAUAUACUGAAGUUGCUGGAGAGUUUUGGUGUGGAAUUUAGAUCACAAAAUCGUGGCAAUAAAUUAGUAAAAAACAUUUUGAAGAUUUCUGAAAUUGGAUAUUUUCAGCAUUUAGUUGAUACCAAUAAGAUCAAUUAUGAUGAUAUUGAUGAAAAUGGUGAUAAUAUUUUACAUUUAUUGGCCAGGAUGUGUAAUUCCCCUGUAAUUCCCUUGGAUGUUUCUUUAGGCGUCUUUCUGAAUGAUGAAGGCGUUGAUGUUAACCUCAUAAAUUCAAUGGGUAAAACACCAUUGAUGGUUGCAGCUGUUUUGAACAACGUCCCGUACAUGAAAGCCUUGUUGGAUUACGGCUCUAAGACAGAUACCCAGGAUUGUCACGGGCAUACUGCUUUACAUCUCUGUGUUGUGGGAAUCGCGUUUCGUCGAAAGAACAAAGGCUUUUUUGGCUAUGAACUGAAUCAAGAAUGUUUAGACGCUGUAUUGUGUAAAGAUAUAGAUGUUGAUGUACAAGAUAACGAAGGACGGACCGCCUUAAUACUGGCCGCUAAAUUCCGGGAAGAUAACUUGGUGAAAAAGCUGUUAAUAGCUGGUGGAGAUGUUAAGAUUUUAGAUAAAUCGGGAAAAUCAAUGCUAGAAUAUAUGGACUUCUAUAGAAUAAUAGAUCUUAAAAUCUGUAAGUCCAUUAUGCGUAGUGGUGGUGUGAAUGUAAGAGACAGAACAGGGAGCACUAUGAUGGACUGCGCCUUGUAUUUUUUUGAACGGCAUCAGUUAUCUCAUGCCCAGGAGAUAAUUUCCUACCUAGUAGCUGCAAACCAUUGCUUGAAGAACGGGCAUGACUGGAGUUAUUUCAAUCAGAUCGAAGAUUCCACAUCUAAUAUAAUUAGUGAUCUUAGGAAACUGAUGUAUGAAAGUGGAGCCGAGAGGGUCGACAUUGUUUCUAAGUUAAAUUUUUUACUAGACGAGGACAAAGAUAUGGACACCGACAAACAGACAAGUGAAUCAUUGUCCAAAGAAUCGGAAUUUCAUUCAUUUUGUAAUAACUUGUCCUUAAAGUCAAUGUGUAGGAGAGAUAUUAGGCAACAUUUGGGGUCAAACAUACAAGAAAAGGUUACACAGCUCAAGCUUCCAAUAAUAAUACAGAAUUUUAUUCUAUUAAAAUCUAACUUGGCAGAUAAAUAUUUCAGUCUAGAAACAGAUGAUGAUGAUGAUGAUGAUGAUGAUGAUGAUGAUGAUGACGACGACGACGACGACGACGACGACGACGACGAUGAUGAUGAUGAUUUGGACGCUUUGUGUCUAGAUUAUUACGAUCGAUACUAUGAACCUUCACCAUCUUCAUUAUUCUCAUCAUCACCAUCAUUAUCACCACACUCAGCUGUAUCAAACUCAUCAUCAUCAUUAUCAUCACCACACUCAACUGUAUCAAACUCAUCAUCAUCAUCACUAUAGUCGUCUGAGUUUACGCGUGGUCGCUAUAAGCGUACCGUAAGAAAUUCCACCAGUUAUAUUAAUAUACAAUAACACUUCUCGGAACCGUGUCUGACAUGCUAAAUGUGGAGCUCUUUAUAGAAAAGUUAAUUUCGGUCACGGGGAAAAGGGUCAAACUUAAUGCUAAUGUAUGCACAGAAAUCCGUACUGAGAACCGUCCGUUAUUAUCAAACUUAUCACUUUAGCAAUGUAACAGGGACAGAUUCUUGAAUUUUGUCGCGGCCUGGAACGGUUCCGUACUCGGUACGCUGAUCGCGACCAACGGUAAACGCAGCUAUAGUCACUCUUAAUCAUCAGCAGCAGUCAUCAUCACUGUCAUCAUCAUACGAUCGUAGUCGUCUUGUUCCUCAUCUCAGUAACACCUUUCAUCUUUUUUAACCAGUUUUUCAAAUGGAUCGAUCUUUUGUUAAGAGUUUGGUGUGCGAUAUGUCUACCUGAACCCACUUGUAAAUUGGGGCCGCACCUUUAAAAAGGAGGAGUUAGUAGUUACAAUCACAAAAAGAACAUUACAGAAGUUUUAUGCCUAUUGCAGAUGGGGGGGGGGGGUUGGAUGGCCGAAUGGUUAGCACUGCGCGCUGUAUUAUACGGUCUGUCAUUGAGUCAACUGGCGGGGUUUCGAUUCCUCGGUUGUACGUGACAAGGAGAAGGGUCGCCUGUCCAACCUCGUGGGUUUUCUCCGGUCCUCCGGUUUCCUCCCACUGCUAAAGACCCCUAACACAAGUGAAUUAUUGAAAUAAAAUUGAACCGUAAGUUAGUCCCGAAAUGACCUAGUUUGUGUCGAGUGGACGUUAAACCCCAUUUCUCUCUCUCUCUCUCUCCUUUUGCAGAUCUUUCGUCCGGCUUCAAAUGUUAUAUAAAUUAUUAGUUACACAUUUAUUCACAUGACAAGCCAAUAAUCAACUCUCUAGACAACUGGAUGGUCGAGAUUUAUAUGUAUUUAAACAUCCGCGAAUUCAACGAUAAAAUGGAAAUCGAGGCUAAGUCGCGGUUGUCAAGUGCCGUUUCUACGAUAAUGAACGAUCUACGCACUAUCUUAAAAAAUUCAUUACUUCGUUCAGAAUGAAGUAAUUUGAAUGAAAAUUUCAAUAUAUUCAUUUUGCAUUAUCUAUUUUUGAGCUAUUAUAGCACGAACGACCAGCUCUUUAUCGCAAUCUUACAUAAUGUAUCUUUAAACCCUUUAAAAAAAAAGAGAGAGAGAGAGGGGGGGGGGGUAACAUACACUCCACACAAACUAGGUCAUUUUAGGACUAACAUAUAGUGUGUUUUAAUAUAUUUAAGCUGGUCCUUUAUAAAUAGAUAUUCUUGCUAGGGAUAAGAUAACAUUCAUUCAAAUGCGCUCUAUAUCAGACAUAACUUGUGGAGGGUGCUCGGUUGUCAUGUCCGGAACGUCCCGAAUUGACAGCAUUGCAGUCAAGUGAUAUGAAAUUCAGCCCUGUGACAAUUCUGCCAGUCCCGACAGCUGAGGUGGUGGGAAUGAAAUCGUGACGUAUUUUAAGUAACAAAUAUGUUUCAGUUGUCAUGAUUGGUUGAGAUAUUUUUUUAUGCAUUCGGCACAUGCGUUGUACUCAGCAAUUCCCCUUUUUACUUGAUAGACAUUAUUUUUGGAAUUGAGACAAUUUAAUACCGGAACGUUCAAUCUAUCUCCAUGCCAUCGUGUAGUAGAUUCACACAGUAUAUUAACUAAAUGAAUGGAAAUAAUGUACAUCAACUGUUAAAUUGUUACUA